GGGCGCUGUGUCUCAACAGCUCCAUUUUUCUUAGAUAUUCCCACACGCCGGAAGCCGCUUGUUCAUCUCACAUUCUCAAAGAUGGCUCUAGCAAGUGUAUUAAGCAGUGAUUGUGCGGAUUUUUCACUGGAUUUUCGUCAACCGUUUGGUUUUAAUUGUGGGGCGGGGCAGGACGGUGUGGACUGCGAUGCCGCACCGGGGGACAGUGUUAGUUUUUCCGUUAAAAAUCCGAUGUUGGCCGCAGACGAGGAUGGCGUUGAGAGGAAAAUAGAGUUUCUCCAUGGAACCACCACGUUAGCUUUUAAAUUCCAGCAUGGGGUCAUCGUUGCCGUGGACUCCCGUGCGACGGCGGGCUCCUACAUCGCCUCGCAGACGGUAAAGAAGGUGAUCGAGAUCAACCCCUACCUGCUGGGCACCAUGGCCGGAGGAGCCGCUGACUGCAGCUUCUGGGAGCGCCUGCUGGCCCGCCAGUGUCGCAUCUACGAGCUUCGCAACAAGGAGCGCAUCUCUGUGGCGGCCGCCUCCAAGCUGCUCGCCAACAUGGUUUACCAGUACAAGGGCAUGGGGCUCAGCAUGGGAACCAUGGUGUGCGGCUGGGACAAAAGAGGCCCAGGGUUGUACUAUGUGGACUCGGAGGGGAACCGCGUGUGUGGCGACCUCUUUGCGGUUGGCUCGGGCUCCAUGUACGCCUACGGUGUGAUGGACAGCGGCCUCCAGCACGAUCUGACCGUGGAGGAGGCCUGCGAACUGGGCCGCCGCGCAAUCUACCAGGCGACCUACCGAGACGCUUACAGCGGAGGGCAGGUCAACCUGUACCACGUCCACGGCGAGGGCUGGACCAGGAUCUCCCAGGAAGACGUCCUCAUGCUCCACCAGCAGUACAAGGAUCAGGCGUAGUCGCAGCAGUGGGCGCCGUCAUCUACUAUCCAAUGUUUAAGUUUUUCUGACACGUUGACACAGAAUAAAAAGGACUCAUUUCCAGUUGCAUCACUUUGGUUACUUGUUGCUUUAAGCAGUUUUAGUAAUGAGCUCCUCCCACCUUACUAAGUGCGGUUUCAUGCUCUGCAGGAUGGGAGGGGCCGAUGACUCAAACAUGCUCUAAUGCAAUGUGGGAGUAGUGCUUGCCCUACAUACAUUUCAUUGAGAUUGUAUUUGGAAAUUGCAACCUUUUCCUCAAUAAAACCUGUGAUCUUCUUUUCAAAA